UGCUCGCUACAUGAACCUUAUCACAGAGACGAUUGGUAUAUAAGACGAUUGGUAUAUAAGACGUGGACGGACCUUGGAACAGGACUCGCUGCACAAUGUUGAUUAGGUUCAUCCUCGUGGGCCUGUUGGCUGGUGUGUUUUCCGUGCCAUUAAAGGAAAAUGAAGAAGAUUUUGUCCGAAAGGAAGUACGAGAAUUGCUUGAAUUUCUAAAAGAACCCGAACCCGAGGACGAUGCUGCGAGAGUUGAUCACUAUGAGAAGGGUAGGCGACUCUUUAGAGAUUUCUUUGGGGAGGAGGAUGAAGACUUGAGCAAGAGGAAAAUUGCGAAAGCUGAGGAAAAUGAAAACAACCCUGAGAAGGACCAGAAAGAGAAGUCGCCCAAAAAACAUAGCAAAAUGAUCGAUGAAGACAAUGUUGACCCUGAUGACGUGCAGCUGAUGGAGCUACUAGAGGGAAUGGCGGUAGAGAAAAACGGAAAAGUCAGUCAGGCUAAAGGUUUACAUCCUGAACUAUCCGCUGUUGCCAAGGGCCAGGGUAUGGAUAAGCAUCCUUUGACCAAAGACCAGGCUGAAAUAGAAGGGAUGCCCCAGGAUCAGGAACGCAGGAAAAAGAGAAGUUUCUGGCGAGCUGCUUGGAAGUGGCCGAAAAAUAUCGUUCCUUUUAACAUUGACAACAACACAAUAGUUAGGCAAGGCAGUUAUGAUGCCAUUAAUAAAGCAGCGGAACUCUUCAACAAUCUGACUUGUCUGAAAUGGCUGCCAUAUACACCAGAGCUGGCAGAGGAAUUAGGACACAAUAACUACGUCCAGUUUCGAAAUUCAGAUGGAUGUUGGUCUUACGUGGGUUAUAUAGCAUCCAGUCCUCAAUCGAUCGGGAUGAGUGAACCAGGAUGUAUGAGUGUUGGUAUAGCAGUCCAUGAAAUGCUUCAUGCUGUGGGAUUAAUGCACGAACAGUCUCGGAGUGAUCGUGACGACAAUAUCCGCAUGAUUAAAGAAAACCUCAAGCACAACAUCAACAAUGGAAAUAUGGCGAAGACGAGCACAUUUGACCACAAUGCGUAUGACUACGAAAGCAUUAUGCAGUAUAGUCUCUGGGCCUUCUCUGUCACUGGAGGGCAGUCGAUGGAGUUUCUGGACAGGGAUCUAGAGUUUUUAGCAGGGACAGGGGCAGGAGUUGGACUGGAUUUCUACGAUGUAAAGGACAUUACGGUGAACUACCAAUGUACAAAAGAUUGUGUUAACCCACCAAAGUGCGAAAAUGGAGGAUUCGUCAAUCACAAAUGUGUAUGUUACUGUCCAAAAGGUUAUGAUGGUGCCAGGUGUGAAAACGUGAUAAGUGAUGACGACUGCGGGGGAAUGGUGGAAGUUCCUCUUGGAAAAGAUGUAUAUGUGACGUCACCAGGCUAUCCUGUGUCUUACCCACUCGGAAAAAUAUGUCGCUGGGGUGUAAAGGCCCCUGAUGGUUGGUAUCUUCGGAUGACGGUAGAGGAGCUCCACCUAACGGACAACAACUUGAACAGAUGUUACCAUUGGCUGGAAAUUCAAUACAACUUAGCAGGACAGACAGGAAUUAAACGCUGUGGAGAUCUGAUCGGGGACGAGUGGACGGGGUCCAAAGACAGCCCAAACUUCAUGACGCUUACAUUCGACAGUAAAUUUGUACAAGACAGACCUGUGGAGAAAGGCUUUAAACUUCGGUUUAACGCGGUCGGAAGAGGAUGUAAGGACAACCCAUGUGUUUAUGGCACGUGUCACGAAAGCAAGAUGGAUUGUAAGUUUACGUGUUCCUGUUUUUCUGGAUUUGAGGGAGAAUUGUGCAAUAAAAUGACAGAUGAUGCCACCUUUGAAUGCACUUUUGAAAAAAAGAAAUGUUUCCUCGAGAAUACGAAAGAAGGGGACGACUUUGACUGGGCUGUAAACUCAGGUACAAGUAGCUCACAAGGAACAGGACCGGACAAGGCAUACAAGGGAAAUAACUACGUCUUUGCAGAAAUGUCGGACCCUCGUGUCAAGGGAGAAAAAGCAUGGCUUGUAUCGAACUUGGAGUUUCCAGCGUCGGAGAGGUGUCUUUCCUUCCACUACUAUAUGUUUGGGCACGCUGUGGAUUCACUCAAUGUCUUUGUUUCUGGUGAAAAUCGUUCUCGGAGCAUUGUCUGGUCUGAAUCUGGAAACCAAGGGAGCGUGUGGAAAUUCGCAAAAGUUGAUAUCGACAAAAUGGACAAAUUAAAGAUCGUGUUCGAAGCAGUUCGUGGUGAAGACUGGAGCAGUGAUAUUGCUUUAGACAAUGUCGUACUUGACAUCGGAAGGUGUUCUAAUGUGACAGAAAAUAUCGAAUGUCUGAAAUCAAGCCGUGGAGGGGAGUACAAAGGAAAAGUUAACGUGACGAAGAGCGGCAGGGCGUGUCAGGCGUGGGCCGAACAAACGCCCCAUUCUCACUCAGGGUAUGCUGCCCUGGUUAACGACUCCAACUACUGCCGUAAUCUCUACACUAACGGCAAUGACUAUCAUCCCUGGUGCUACACAAUGGACUCUGGAAAACGAUGGGAGUUCUGCAACAUCCCUCCAUGUGAAUACGAGGAAUGUAGGCGUUCUAAGAUAGGAUACGAGUAUGCAGGGAGGGUGAGCAGAACAAAGUCAGGGAAGGCUUGUCAGAGGUGGGAUUCUCAAUCCCCUCACCAGCACACAUACAAGGGUCUCAUGGCUCACGAGAACUACUGCCGGAACCCCAAAGGUAAAGAACAGGAACCCUUUUGCUUCACAGAGGACAACUCCACACGCUGGGAAUACUGUGAUGUGCCCUCCUGCAAUGAUGAACCUCGGGAAUGUGCAUUGCUAGCCCAAGGAAUCGAUUAUUUUGGAAAGAUCAACACUACGACUUCCGGUCGCUCCUGUCAGAGAUGGGACCAACAGAAUCCACAUUCUCAUUCCAUGCCUCUAACCUCAGCACAAGAAAACUUCUGUAGAAACAUGGGUGGUGAAAACCGCGCUUGGUGUUACACAACGGACCCCCAAAAACGAUGGGAGCGCUGCAACAUCCCGUCCUGUGACAACCUGCCUUGCUUUUCGAGCCCUUGUUUAAAUGGAGGAACAUGUACCAACCAAGGCAACUCUUUUACGUGUUCAUGUUUCUCGGGAUACCGUGGGGACAGAUGUGAAGAAGAGGUUCCAAUAAAAUCAGAGAACUGUAAACGUUCCGCAUACGGUUGGGAAUACAAGGGAACUAUAGCUUUGACAGUUAGUAAUCGCACCUGUCAACGUUGGAAUGAGACAACUCCCCACAGUCACACGUUUACUACAUCCAUGGCUGGUCACGAGAACUACUGCAGAAAUCCAGAUAAAGAAUCAGGCCCGUGGUGCUACACCACUGACCCAGGGAAGCGAUUUGAGCUAUGUGAUAUACCAAUGUGUGAUACACCACCAAGCGAGUGUUUGAAUGUCGCCCGAGGGGCAGAUUAUUUUGGUCACGCCAAUAAGACCAUAAAUGGAUACACGUGCAUGCGCUGGGAUUCCCAAUCACCACAGAAGCACUCUUACGGAUACAUCGGGGAGCAAGAAAAUUACUGUCGAAAUCCAUAUGGAGGGGAACCGAAGGGGCCCUGGUGCUACACCACAGACCCCAAAAAGAGAUGGGAAUACUGCACCAUUCCUUUGUGUGGCUGGAAAGUUUGAGCUGGACGACUUCGUGUUUCGGCGGAAUCGAUACACCCUUGCCGAUAUUUUCUUGAGAAAAAGUUAUUUUUCUAAUUGAGUCGUAUGUAUGUUGUCUAUUUUGCUUAUAUAAAGCAUCAUCACAAAUCCA